AUGGAUGAGUGGGGUCAAUUGGCGACUUUGCGACUCAUGAUGGUCUACGCGCGCAAAUGCUUUCCAAGACGGACGAAAAAGGUCAAGAGGGCUGCAGGUGCCAACACGAACACCAAGCCUGUACAGUCGACAAAAGGCUUCUACGAUGAUUCGGAGAGCGAGUCUGAAGAGGAGGAACAGGAACAGGACAUGGAAGAAAUUGCAAUUCUAGACCCUGAUCUCGAAAUGCUGCUCAAAGGCUGUCAAUCGCUUCUUCAGUCUCGCAAUGCGGCCGUGGUGAUAGCAGUAGCAAGGACAUAUCUCUACCUCGGUACCCCCGAAUACUUGACCCAGGCCAUUGGACCAUUGAUAUCCCUCCUGCGAUCCGCGGCGGACAUUCAGCACAUCGCGCUGUACAAUAUCGUACAGGUCUGCCUAACGCAUCCGGAGCCUUUUGUAAAAUACUACACGCAUUUCCUGCACAUCGGCUCCGCAGAUACCCAUCUAGUGGCCGAGUCCCUUGAAGUCAUUCGACAUUUGAUCCAGCGAGACCCGAACGCUCAUCGCACGACUGUAGUCCGGUUAGCGAAACACUUGGAUGCAGCGACAAGCCCUCAGGCCCGUGCAAGCAUCAUAUGGCUAGUCGGAGAAUUCUCUGGCAUCGAUCCGGAGAACAACAUUGCCGCGGAUGUAUUGCGUAUCCUGGUAAAGGGCUUCGCAGACGAAGCUGAGCCGGCAAAACUCCAAAUCGUGUUAUUGGCUGCAAAGGUCUAUGUACAUCACCUGGCUGCAAAUCCACCUCCAGAGCCAAAGAUUGAAGAGCCUAAGCCGAACCCAUCUCCUAUGGACGACUUCCAAGAAGAGCAUGGUGGGUUCAGAGAGGAGCAUCUCGAGUCCCCGCCGCAGACCUCCGAACCUCAACAGGAAGAAAAGCCACAUAUUAUCGAGGCACUUUACAGCUACGUACUUUUAUUAGUAAGAUAUGACACCUCCUACGACCUUCGCGACCGCGCGCGAGUCUAUAAAGCAUUACUCGCAACGCCGACCUCCACACAGCUAGCCUCGCUCCUACUCCUCGCACCAAAACCUGUUCCACACAUCCCAAGCCCCAGUGAAACACGAAAAGAUUAUGUCCUUGGUAGCGCCAGCCUGGUGAUCGGCGACGAAGGCGGUGUUGGUGGCUUACGCGGCUACGAAAACCUACCACGCUGGGUCAAAGAAGGCCAGGAGCCAGAUCCAGCGCUGCGCGACGAAGCCGCUUCGGCUUCUUCAUCAACAUACAUCUCAGCAUACGAGUCUGCGAAGAAUAUGUCGGCAGCAGAAAGGCUAGAUGCCGCAGCAGGUGGCAGCAGCAGGGCGACACCUGACAGCAUGCUCAGCCCAAGGACCUUGAACGGUAUGAGUGGAGACAUGGGCGUCGGUGGUGCACCCGAGGCACUACAGAAGGAGAAGACGCUCGAUGACUGGUUGGCUGAAGAGGAGGAGGAAAGUGGCAGUGAGGAGGAGACGGACGAAGAAGAGACGGAAGAGGAAAGCGAGUACGAGACAGAUAGUGAGGAAGAAGAGAGCGACGAUGAUGGGGAGAAGGAUCAGCUCAUUAAAUAGCUGGUCAGCGGAUCUGAUAUGAUCAAAUCAUAACUCUUGACCACG